UGCCAUUAAUAGAGACCCGAAGCACCGCCUGCUAAAAAUACCCGGCUGGACACCCAUAAAAGCCCAGCCGGGGCUCCAGCUCGGCACUUCUCGGAUCCUCCUCAACCCUGCGCUUCUUGAUCCUCAGCCCUGACCAGCACAGCCAAGAACAUGACCGAGCGCCGCGUGCCCUUCUCGCUGCUGCGGAGCCCCAGCUGGGAACCAUUCCGGGACUGGUACCCGGCCCACAGCCGCCUCUUCGAUCAAGCCUUCGGGGUGCCUCGCUUGCCCGAUGAGUGGUCGCAGUGGUUCAGCUCGGCGGCUUGGCCCGGCUACGUGCGCCCGCUGCCCGCCGCGACCGCCGAGGGCCCCGCUGCGGUGGCCCUGGCCGCGCCCCUGGCCGCUCCCCUGGCUGUGCCCCCCUUCACUCGUGCGCUCAACCGGCAGCUGAGCAGCGGCGUCUCGGAGAUCCGGCAGACGGCCGAUCGCUGGCGUGUGUCCCUGGACGUCAACCACUUCGCUCCGGAGGAGCUCACGGUCAAGACCAAGGAAGGCGUGGUGGAGAUCACCGGCAAGCACGAAGAAAGGCAGGAUGAACAUGGCUACAUCUCUCGGUGCUUUACCCGGAAAUACACGCUGCCUCCCGGUGUGGACCCCACCCUGGUGUCCUCUUCCCUAUCCCCCGAGGGCACACUGACCGUGGAGGCUCCGCUGCCCAAGGCAGCCACACAAUCAGCGGAGAUCACCAUUCCGGUCACUUUCGAGGCCCGCGCCCAGAUCGGGGGCUCCGAAGCUGGGAAGUCGGAACAGUCUGCAGCCAAGUAGAAGCCAUCGGCCUGCUGCCCAUCCCCAACAGUCCGCACUGGCCACCCCUCUCUGUCAAUCUGUAUGCUCUUUUGAUACAUGUACUUUCUGUUUUUCUCAAAUAAAAGUUGGAAGCUACUGCUUGCCACA